AUGCCCGACACCGACCUCUCCACCAACGGCAGCGGCGAGUUCUGGCUGUACGGUUAUGGCCUCACCUCGUCCACACCACACCCCCCUUCUAUCCUCCUCUUCCUCCUCCUCCUCCUCUUCCUCCUCCUCCUCCUCUUCCUCCUCCUCCUCCUCUUCCUCCUCCUCCUCCUCUUCCUCCUCCUCCUCCUCCUGCCCCUUGCCGCCAUCCGAGCCGUCGGCUGA